UGCGAUAAAUGAAAAUCCCUUUAAUACCAGACAGACUAUUAUAUAAGAAAACUGAAUAAUGCACUUCGCAUCAUAGGUGUGACCAUCUAUAGCAGAACUAUGAAGUUACUCUCAUUGCUACUUUUGAUUUUACCACUGAUCGACAGCUAUGUUGAAUCAGCAGCUGUUCGUGCUGGUGUACUACCACAUAAUUUGUACGAGUGUGAUCCUACUAAACCGCGAAUCAGAGUUCUGUCGAAAUUGAUACAGAAACCUGGUAGACCACGCACUAUUGUCAACGAAGCAUUCCAAUAUCCAAGGAUUCAAGAUUUGAGUCCAGAUUUAAGUUCUAGGAUUAUUACCUGCAUAUCAGUUGAAGACCUGAGUAGAAAUGGUAAGGGAGGAUAUGCAGAUAUAGUUGCAGGAGGAAUCAACACGAAUUUCGUCAACUUAAUAUUUGAAUCGCAACCAGGAGAGGACAUACUAUUUUCUGUUACGAUUUAUUCAUAUUAUCCUGGUACCGUUCUAUCCGCUGGACCCAAAAAUGUACCAGCUGCUCCGCCUGUUUGAAAAAAAGAAAAAAAAAUUUGAAUAUUUAAGUAUCCUGUUUUUAUUUUAAGAGAUAAACUGUUAUUUCCAUUUUACUUAUGGAUGUUAAACUUGUUAUGUUAAUUGAAUAAAUUAUUUGUUCGAAAA